UAGAUCACAACUGUGGACAUCUGAGUAAAAAUGUUGUACUUUUUUUUUGUUUUGUUUUUGUUUUUUUUGUUUAUUCUUUUUUACCCACUCAGAAUCAUGUUGAGGAUGUGCAUACUAUGAAGGGAAGAAUGACCCAUUCGUACUCAUUCUCCUCAUCUCAGUACCACCAGCUUAUCGAUAAGCCCCACCGCCCCCAAUCAUCACAUGACUCCAUCCCUCCCUCUCCGCCUACGCAACCAACUGUAUCCAUGGAUCGUAAACAAAAACAUUCUUUUUCAUUUUCAAACCUUCGACACCUAAUCGACAAACCACCAAAGUCUAAACGACAAAAGCUUCCAGCCCCCCUCAACUUACAGCCGGCAGAAUAUACCCCACGCGUACUUGAUUCUGCAGAGAAGGAGAACCCCAAAUCUAGCCAAUCUGCGCCUUCUCUCGGGAAGUAGCAAAAAUCAAAAAGCGCAACUUGCAAGGGAGGUGAGUGGUUCCGGCCUUAAAAAAAAAAGGCAAGAGACAAUGCCACCACCACC